AUGGCCGACUCGCUGCUAGAGCUGCUGUCUCCAUACUUGGAGACGCCACAGCCCAACGAUGCUACGGCUUCACUAUAUCUCAAUCGCCUAUCCACCUUGUCCCUGGAUGCUCUCCAGACCACCGAACCGCAAUCCCUCGCCCAAUCCUCCCACUCGACCCUCCUCUCUCUACAAGCGCUAUCCAACCGCUCCCAUCGAGCCUUCAUUACUUCCGCCGAUCAUCUAUCCACACUUCGCUCAUCCAUACCACAAUUAGCCAGCGAGGCGCAGCAACUCCGCGAUGCCAUUCCGAAGCUCGAUGAGCAGGCCGUCAGCUUCUCCACCAAAUACAGCAAGAUCACCGAUAAUGCCGCCCUGGAACGAAGGAAGAAAGCCGUGCAGCUGGCGCGCAAUGUCGACCGAUUGUCCGAUAUCCUCGAACUACCCUCCCUGCUGUCCACUGCAGUAUCUGCGGCGUCUGCCAACCCCGGCGUGUCCGCAGCCUCUACUACCUAUUCCUCAGCUCUCGACCUACAUGCACAUAUCAAGCGACUCCAGACACUAUACCCCGAAUCACCAUUAAUUCAAGAUGUGGUGUCCCAGGCGGAGGAUGCAAUGAAGGAAAUGACUACCAAUCUGAUCGCGGGGCUUCGCUCGCAGAACCUACGCCUAGCAGCUGGCGUGCGAACCGUAGGCUGGCUGCGGCGAGUCGCACCAGAUCUGGAGAGUCUCCAGAGUCAAGGGGCAACAGGUACCGGAGAAGGAGCGCUGGGCGCCAUCUUCUUGGUCUGUCGCCUGGCGCACUUGGUAUCGACUCUGGAGGCGUUGGAUCCACUGCGAGAGCUUGCCGACCAAGAAACCCAGCGGAGAACCCAUGGCAAAGACCAAUCCGACACCUGGUCCGGGGGUCAGCAAACAGACCGCUAUCUGAAGCGGUACAUUGAAAUAUUCCGCGAGCAGAGUUUCGCCAUUGUCUCGUUGUACAAGAACAUCUUCAGUUCGGAGCAGUCUGAUUCAGAACCGGCUGUCUCAGGCCUGGGGCCUGCUGAGGCCCAUCAGGCCAAGUCACCAUCGGCGCGACCGCAUGAUCCGUUACAAAGACUCCCCUCGGCAUUAGCCACAUUCCCGAUGCACCUCGUGCGAUUACUUACGGAUACCAUGCGGGCAUAUCUUCCUAAUGUCCGCGAUCGCAGCUCGAGAGAGAGUCUGUUGACGCAGCUGCUGUACUGUGCGGCUAGUCUUGGUCGGCUGGGAGGUGACUUUAGCAUGAUCCUGACGGAGUUGAGUGGCGAAGAGGACAUCUCGUAUGAUUGGGAAGAUGUGAUGCGCAAACAUCGGGCAUUAGCCGGGCGGUUGGAGCAAUUGACGAGUCGAGUGCCAGUGCAUUGA